AUGCACAAGAAGCAAUAUCAGCUGAUGAGAAGGUUCGACGACUCGGAUCUUGCGUCUGCUUCAUAUAAAUGUCAGGUCCGGUCACCCUACAUACACCUGUUGGAGACGAAGAACCAAAUGAACCGUCAUAAAUUACAUGUGGUUAGCCAAUCAGCUGCAGCUGGCUAUGCAUCCUCACUGUCUCAAAGGGAGUCACAUGGUGCACCGUGCACCUCCCGGAAAUGCGUAGCCUGCAGUUCUGGGAAUUUGCCGGGGGGGUGUUUUUUUGAGGGUUGA